AUGCAGCGACUGGGUGUGUACCUGCUGAUCUCUGCGCUGGCUCUGGCCACCUUCUCCGAAGCCUCUUGGAAGCCCCAGCUGCAGGACACACCUGUGGGCCCAGGGGGCAGUAGGGGCCUGGAGCCACAGUGGCUGGAUCAGCCCGGCCCAGCCUCUCACCACAGAAGGCAGCUGGGACUCCAGGGCUCCCCACACCUGGUGGCAGACCUAUCCAAGAAGCAGGGGCCAUGGCAGGAGGAAGAAGAAGAAGCAUAUGGAUGGAUGGACUUCGGCCGCCGCAGCGCUGAAGAAGGAGACCCACUUCCCUAG